GUCACGUGGCAGAAAGAGGACGUCCUAGGGCGGGACAGUACCGGAAAGGGGGAAAGAGGGGGGACUUUUGCUCCUCCUCCCCUCUCAGGCUUUCCUGCUCUUCUCGCCGCAGGGUUGCUAGUUGUUACGCACGCUGGGCGCAAGCGCAAAAGAGAAACGAGCCAGCCACAUUCUGCUGCACUUUACCCAGCCCAGGGCUCCCAAUGCUUCCAAAAAUCGUUCUCUUUUGAGGAUGUAACCCCGAAAGCGGUGGCGGCUUUGCCACCGGCCAGGACGAUGCUCUACUUGAUCCUGUCUGUGGUCCUGGUGCUGCUGGUCGCCUCCGGAGAGUUGUCGCUCUUCCCCUUCGCCACUGGUGAGCCUCCCAGAGAGGAGGGCGUCUUAAGGAGAAAAGGUGAAAAGACCCUAAAGACUCCUCAAAAUGUAAGCGUUGAGAUUAUAGAUCAUAAUUUUAUCCUGAAAUGGAACUGGGACAAUGAGCCUACAAGCGAUGUUACUUUUUCAGCAUAUUACCAAAAAUUAGAGUCUGGUAAGAUGAACAAUUGGAUCAAAUUGAUUGGAUGUCAAAAUAUCAUUGGCACUAAAUACAACUUUACUUUAACUAAUUUAAAUAUAUUUGAAAAAAUUAGAGAACAUAUAAGAUCUGAAAAAGGACAAGAAACAUCAUCAUGGAAUGUUAUCCAGUUUGCACCAUUUCAGAUAGCACAAAUUGGUCCUCCAGAAGUACAAUUAGAAGCUGAAGAUCCAUCAAUAAAAAUAAACAUCUCUCUUCCAGGAACAGCAAAUAGUAGUGUGUGGGCUACUGAUAUCUCAAAUUUUACAUGCAGUUUAAUUAUUUGGAAAAACUCUUCAGGUGUAGAAAAAAUCCGUCAUAAUGUUUUUUCCAGAGAUAAAAUUAAUAAUCUUUCACCAGAAACCACUUAUUGUUUAAAAGUUCAAGCAAGAUUACCUAUACUGAAAAAAAUUGGUUCCUACAAUCCAAUAUUUUGUAUAAAUAUUACAGCUAAACAUAAAUUACCUCGUCCAGAAAAUGUAGAAGUUGAUCCUAUAAAUAACUAUAUUCUUAAAUGGAACUAUCCAUAUGAAAACAUGAAGUUUCAAGUUCAGUAUCUCCUUGGUUAUUUUAAAAGAAUUUCAACUGACUACUCAGAUAAAUGGAAAAAUGUAUCUGCUUGUGAAAAUAUCAGAAGUAGAUAUUGUAACUUAUCAAAAGUAAUCACCAAAGAUGGAAUUUAUUACCUACGUGUACAAGCUUUGAAUGGAACUAUCACAUCUCUUUGGUCUGCUGAAAAAAAAUUUGAUACUAGAACAAAAAUCAGAAUAGGUCCUCCAAGCAUAGAAGUGAAACCCAAUGAGGAUUCAUUCUUUGUCUACAUUACUGUUCCAGGAGAAUCUGAAAAAAAACCAUUGAGUCAGGAUUAUUCACUAAUUUAUGAAGUUACUUACUGGGAAAAUGAUUCAAAUAUUGAGCACAAAAUGAAGGGAAAACAGAAAUUACUUAAAGUUUCUAAUUUGAAGUCCCUGGUUGUGUAUUGUUUCAAAGCCAGAGCACUUCUUGAUGAUGAUAGCAACAAAAGCACUCAAUUUGGCAAUGUUGUAUGCAGUAAAAUAACACCAGGUAAACAACAAAAAACUUGGAUUAUAGUCAUUUGCUUUUUAAUUAUUAUUGGACUGAUCUUCAUAUCUUUUUGUUUAAAAGUUCUACUAAAAUUGGUAAAAUAUGUGUUCUAUCCAUCUUGCAAACCUCCUUCAAAUAUGUAUGAGGGAUUGUUUGAUCAGCCAUUGAAAAGUCUUCUUAUCACUUCAGAAGAGCAAACAGAAAUCUGUAUAAUUGAAAAAAUAAAUAUUAUUGAAUUAGAAGAAACAAAUAAAAAUGGAAAAAAUGAUGACAUUUGCAGCAAGCAAGACAAUCAUGAUUCAGGAAACUGUUCCAAUGAGGAUGAUAGUAAUAAAAUAACUGAAGAAACCCUACAACAGGAAACUGUGCAGCAGUAAACACUCUAAUGUAUCAUCUUGUCAUCGUUCAGAUUGGGAGCCUAAGUCCAAUGUCUUUCUAAAUAAUUCUGAUUUCAGAAGAGAAAUGUAAAAUCCUUUUAAAAAAACCACAAAAAACUUUCCUCUCUUCUGCUAUUACAAAGGGAGUCUGGGAAAACUACUGAGAAGAAACUAAAAAACUCAUUCUAAACAGCAUGCCAUCCAUAUUCUAUGUCAUUGGGAGCCAACUAAAAAUUUUGCUUUGUUUUAAAACAGCCUUAAAUACCAAAAA